AUGCCAUUACCUGCCACAGGAUUUGUAAAAUCCCAAUGGGCCAAUAAGAAAGAAGCUGAACGUCGCAACAGAUUUGGCAGAAAAAAUAACAGAUCGUCGCCUAUUUCUACCACUACUGAAGGAAGAACUAUGGAAAAGAUCUUUGGGAGGGAAAACACCAGUCGAAGAAUCUCAAAUUCAGACAAUCUUAAUGAUUCCGUUAAAGCAGCUGAAAGAUUAGAAAGGAGCGAAUCAUCAAAGCCCUCUAUAAUAUUAUAUGAAUCUAGUUCAAAUGCUAGGCCGCCAGCAUUGCCUAUUUUACCCCUCCAAAGAUUAAGAAUAUUGAAAGAGAAGCAAAAAUGGAGGGUCGCUAAGGACUUGCGACUUCUGAGCCGUCUCCCAUCUCACAUAAGCUCAAAUACUUCAGGAUCCUCAUCCUUGGCAUUACUAGAUUCUGAAAGUAAAGCUUCUGACAAUAGUGAAUCCAUUUUAUAUCAUAAGUCAUCUACUCCCUCACCUGUUAAAAAACUAUCUAGCAAUAGGUUAACGAAUCUUUCCUCCACUCCAUCAACAUCUCAAGAAAGCAAGCUCAUCCGCUUAGAAUCAUUGAGAAAUAAAUCUACAAGAACGCCAAGAAAGUAUAAAGGAUCCGUAUGGUCUGUUGACUUUGAUUAUGAUGUUCCAGAAUCCGAUAUAGAAUCAUUUGAUGCUAAUAAUGCACCAACAGCUUCUAUCGCCAGCAAGGUAAUCGUAGAUACCUCAUCACCAAAGUCUAAUCUACUGGCGCAACGAAUUCCCUCAGUGAACUCUAAAAAUUUAGAUACAAAUCCAGUUUCUGAUAUACAAAGGAAAAUUUUACUGAAUGGAUCUGCUAAAAGUCUGGUGGAAAAACCAGAAAGCGCUAGUGGUGCUCCAACCAUCCUACCCAUUAUACGUAAGAAAGAUGAAAAAUUAGGAGAUACUAAUAGUAAUAAUAUUGUUCUUCCAACAGUCGGCUUUAAUUUCCUUACAGAAAAGGAUACACCGUCAAAGAAGUUCACGUUGGAUGUUAAAUCUAAAUCGUUAGAGGCGCCUAUUAAAAGUAGCUUGGGGAAAAAGCCCAAAGCAACAUCCGGAUUAAAGUUUUCCUUCCAACCUACGAACGAAGAUGAUAAGCACUCUGUUCCAAUCCUUCCAAAACAAUCAAGUUUGAAAAUGUUGCCAACAAUGGAAUCUACAGGAGGGCUUUCUUCUACACCCACCAACAUGUCAUCGAAACUGUUAUUUUCAUUCAAUCAACCUACAAAAGAAAAUCAAAAGGAAGAUGAGCUGAAUGAGGAAGAAGAGCCAAGAAGAAAGAGACGGGCUCCUGCUGGAAUAACAAUUGAUAGGACAAAGAAAAGUCAACCAGCAUUUUCUUUCAGUCCCCAAACUAGUUUAGAGAAUAAGGGCAAAAUUGAGAAGGAAAUUACAUUCUCGCUUCCUAAAGAAAAAACACCAGAAGUAAGUACAAUACAAGAGACGACAAAAGUCAAACCUUCAUUUUCUUUUGGUCCACCAGCUGGUAGUUCAACUAAGACUGAUGUGGUUUCAAAAUCUAGCACGUUUUCAUUCCAAUCAAGUGCUCCUGCUGGAGCAGUAACUGCCCCCUCCACUGAUGAAAAAAAUGAACUUUCAAAACCAGCAUUUUCUUUUGGCUCGGUUAAACAAGCAGAACCUCUUGCUACAAAUGAAAAAGAGGCUCCAGUUUCGAAACCGUUAUUUUCCUUUGGGAAAGCAGCAGAAAAUCCUUUAUUAAGUAAAAAGGUUGAAGUGACAGCAAAACCACCGUUUUCAUUUGGAACAGUUCCAGCUAAAGAUGCUGGGUCCUCUAAACCUUCUUUUUCUUUCAAUUCAACCAGUGCUCCUAAUGUUACAGAUACAUCAGCUAAUAAACCAGCAUUUACUUUUGCUAGCACAACAUCAAAUAAAGAGACAGAGGUAGCUCAAAAAGCGGCAUUUACAUUUGGGAAAGCCUCGGACACUAAGGAACCAAAUGUACAACAGCCACAAAAUUCAUUCUCAUUUAACAAGCCAUCUUCGGAAGCAUUGCCUAGCAACACUCCAAAGGAAUCCAAAGGGUUUUCAUUUGGAGCUGCAACAUCUAAAUCAUCUACUCCAUUUUCUCUUGAUAAAUCAACUAGUGUAGAAACGAAGCCAGCUAUAUCAUUUGGUGUUACACCGACAACUAAUGCCGUAACAUCGACGCAGGGAUUCUCAUUUGGUAAAGAUACUCAAACUCCGACUUCUGGAUUCUCAUUCAAUAAGCCAAAUGUGGAUAAAUCAGCCAAAGAACUUGGGGUUAGCUUUAAUCCUCCAAAGCUAUUCUCACAACCUCCUAGUUCUGGAUCAUUAUCACCUGCUGGAAACGCCAGUUCCAUCUUUAAUAACAAACCUCCGGUUACAAAUCCCCUUCUUGGAACAGCAUUUGGUAAUAAUAUUGCUAAUACCGCGGCACCAGCUUCAGGGGGGUCAGUAUUUGGUAACACUACAAAUGCUCCAUCAUCAUCUGGUUUUAGUUUCAACUUUGGGAACAAAGGUCCCCAAGGAGGAACGGCAUCAAACUUCUCCUCAUCAUCUGUUUUCAAUUCAAAUACAAACAAUAAUUUGAUGGGAAAUGGUAUGUUCAAUGGUGGGCAAAAUACGUUUCCAAAUCGGCAGCAACCUGCAGUCCCACAAGCUGCAAUGGCGCCACAGCAAAUGCAGUUUCAUCCUUCUUCAACUGUAAAUAUGAAUUUUGGUAACGUAGGAAACGCUAACCCAAGCGCAAUCUUUUCGGGGACUUCACAGGCUCCACCUCAAAUGGGACAACCAGCGCAACCAACCUUGAGACCUAUUGCCCGAAUGAGACAGAGGAGAAGAUAA